ACAGAAAUACCAAUAGCAACAAAUACGUUGGCGCGAUGACGAUUCGCGUUUGGAGUUUGUUAUACUUAAUUCGAAAUUGAGACUGAAAUAUAGUUUUGUGAUUUUAUUGACUUUUCAUCAAGAUAAUUAUGGAGUGCAUUAAAUAGUGAAUAAACUAAAGUAGAACAAAAGUUAUACGUUAUAACUAGUUAACUAAUCAAGUUGUGGAUUCUUAAAAUUAAUGAAUAAAGAUACACAACCGAAGUUACUAUGGACAACCUCGAUGACUCCGAGAACAAUGCGAAAGUUUCGGAUUCAGCUUAUUCUAACAGCUGCAGCAACAGUCAGUCUAGGCGAAGCCACAGUUCCAAGUCAACACACUCUGGAAGCAAUUCAAGUGGCAGCAGUGGAUAUGGUGGGAAGCAAUCCACGUCUGGUAGCAGCAAAACAUUAAAUAGCCAACAACCAGAAAAAAGGACAAAAGAUAAAGAAGGAAAGAAAAAGAAGCAGCAGGGCCAAACAGAACUUGUUAAAAUCCCAGCUGAUGUGGAAUUCAGACUUCCUAACCCAGCCCCCGUCACAGAGGUCGAGGAAGAACUUGAAGAUGUUUCGCCGCCGCCAGCGAUUGAGCAGGCACAAAAGGGAGUUCAGAGGAGCUCGGAGUCAACCAAGGAAGAUGCUACUGAAAACCCAGACAUUUGCUCCACGCCCCAGCCCUCCAUGCACAUUCUCACGAGUAAACCUGUUUAUUCUGAGGGGUUUUCAUGCGUCAUAUCGAUGCACGAUGGCGUGGUACUAUACAUGUCGUCAACGCUGACGGCGUCGCUCGGCUUUCCCAAGGACAUGUGGAUAGGGAGAUCCUUUAUAGACUUCGUCCACCCUUUGGAUCACAAUACUUUCGCGUCGCAAAUCACCGACGGGCUGGCGGUUCCGAAGGAAGUUAAUGGUAUGCAAAAUGCAGUUCAAUCGCCAGGCAACUCCGUGUCGACCAUGUUCUGUCGCAUCAGAAGGUACAGGGCGCUGGCCAUGGGGUUCAACGUCAAGGACCGAAGCGUCACCUUCAUACCCUUCCUGUUGAAGCUGUCAUUCAAAAAUGUCUACGAAGAAAAGGGAUCCGUCAUUUACUUGGUCAUACAAGCUACACCGUUGUUCUCGGCGUAUAAUAGUCCCAAUGAGGCGAUUGAAGACGCGGUACCAUUUGUGAUGCGUCACGUGGCCAACGGGAACGUGGAGUACAUCGACAACGAGGCGGUGCCGCUGCUGGGCUACCUCCCGCAGGACGUGACGGGGCGAGACAUACUGAAGCUCUACCAUCCCGAGGACCUGCCAUACGUGCGGCAUGUGUACGAGACCAUCGUCAAGCAAGGCAGGGUGCCGCGCUCCAAGCCCUACAGAAUGCUGGCUCAGAAUGGGCACUACCUUAAGCUUGAAACGGAGUGGUCGUCUUUUAUAAAUCCGUGGUCGCGUAAACUUGAGUUUGUUAUAGGAAAACAUUACGUGAUUGAGGGUCCAGCCAAUCCAGAUGUUUUUCAAGCGCCACCAGCAAUACCCAGUAUGGUUUCUGAAGAUAAUAUCGAAAUCAAGGGCCUUAGAGAUAGUAUUGUCAGGAUUUUGAACGAGGUCCCGACGAGACCGGCAGAGCUCGUCAAGCAACAAAUGACCAAGCGCUGCCAGGACCUAGCAUCUUUCAUGGAAAGCUUGAUUCAAGACCAACCAAAGGUGGAGGACGAACUGCGGCUAGAAAUACAAGAGAAUGAUAACAGCUACUUUGAACGGGACUCUGUUAUGUUAGGGGGGAUUUCCCCACAUCACGACUACAAUGACAGCAAAUCCAGCACAGGGACUCCUUUAAGUUACAACCAGUUGAAUUAUAACAUCAACUUAAAACGGUAUUUUGACAGCCAUCAGGUUAGUUUCGACGAAGAGGGCGCGAACGUUGUAGAGACGAUUUUAGUGCCAAUUAAAGGACAAAAUAUGUUGAUUCGAGAAUGUAUGUCGCCUAUGGCCCAGUACUCCGUCGAUUCAGUGGAAAUGACGUCAGUGGAGUCGGCGUGCCUUACCUUCGACGAGAGCCCCGUGUUGCUGCCGCAGGAGUACCUGCCCAUAAGACUUACAGAAUCCAUCUUGAAUAAACACAAUUCCGAAAUGGAAAAGAUACUCGUAAAGAAACAUCGCGAAAGUCGACCAUCUAAUAAAGAGGAGCGGGAAAAGUUGAACAACGAGAGCAAACAGAAGAAAAGGGAUCACCUCGUCCGUUGCAACGCGUCUUUCGUGCCUACCACGGUCAAUUCCAUCGCGAUAGAACAGCCACACGGAUUGAAGCGUGCAUCGAAGCCUCAGGAAGCGGAAGGAGGCACGCACAAGCAGCACUGCGCGUCGUCGCGGCAGAUGCGCCGGCGGCAGCCGUCCUGCUCCGCGCCCGCGCCGCCCGCCGUCACCGUCGCCACCGUCACUACAUCGACGUCUGUGUGGCCACAGAAUUUCGUAAACGGAAUGACCACGUUUAUGCCGCAGCAAAUGCCGCUAGUGAGCCCCAUUACUGCAGUGCCAGGUUUCGUGCCUAUGUACUACUUACCAACGAACUCCCCUACGUUGCCGUGUACGUCGACGCCGAGCCCAAAUGAUACUAGCAACACAAAUUCUUCACAAAUGCAAUUCCAAGCCCCGGCUGUGCAAUACAUGAUGUACGGGCAGGCGGUUUUCGGGUCUCCGAUCGUGAUGUCGCCUUUUACGAUGCAGCAAAACGUGAUGCAGAACGAAUUCUCCAACCCUCAGACCAAUCUGCGGCUAACAACGCGUAAUUAUGAGGAGGCCUGUAAAAUCGGUCCCCCGCCGAAGCCGGCCGCCGCCAGGUCGCUGGCGGCGUGGCGCGAGGAGAAGCGCGCCGCCGCCUCCGCGCCGUCGCCGCCCACCUCCUCCAGGACCAGCCAAGAUCGCAGCGUCAAUACCAGCAUAUGUUCCGCCACUAACGCUUUGAACAGGAGUAACGAAGCCGUGCCAGAGCCUACGGCGUCGCGAGACAGCAAGCUGAAAAGCGAGGAGGCUGUGGACCGCACGGACGGAGAGUCCAGCUACUCUUCCUUCUACAGCUCCUUCUUCAAGACCGAGUCGGGCAGCGCGGAGGACAGCGGCGAUGCCAAGAAUAAACAGAACAAAACCGACGCUUCCGGCGCGUCCACGACUACAGGCAAUGAUAACCCCCGCAGCAAACAGAUGCAGAGAAGAAAAAAGGAACCACCUUGGAUGGAACAAGUAAGCGUAACAUCAGAGUUGAUAUACAAAUAUCAGGUCGUAACAAAGACUUUAGAUGAAGUUUUAAUAUCAGAUAAACAGAAGUUGGUCGGAGUUGAACAGCCGUCCAUGGUGAACGAGCAGCUGGGCCAGCUGUACAUGGACCUGCAGCUGGAGGGCGUGGCCGCGCGCCUCACGCUCGAGGAGGGCGUCACCAGCUCCGGCAGCUCCAGCGAGGAGGGCCACAAGCUGUCCAUGAGCACCCUAGCCAAGCGCGCGAGGAGAAAAAGGAAAUAUAGUAAACUGGUGAUGAUAUAUGAAGAGGAUGCCCCGCUGCCAUCGCCCGAUGACGAGCCUGAGCCCGAGCCCGAGCCCACCACUUCAGUGGCAUAGUUCGUGACCCCUGUAAACUUUAAUCAACGACCCGAGUUCGUGCAUGAUGCCCUCGGGUAAAUCCUUACGAUUUCAUUUGCAACGCCAUUGUGACACAAGUAAUACAGAUGUGGUGAAAUAAUCCUUUACCAUUGUAUUUUUACGAGAACGCACAAUCGUGCUAAGCCCUUUCAAUCAGUCUUAGUAUAAAAAGUACUGACGUUGACUGAAGUAGCAUGACAAAUACAAUGUUUUCUAGAAUAUACGACGGCAAAGGAUUGUUCACUGCAUUUGUACAUCAUGUAAUACAUGAGAACAGUUUAUAUACGGUGUAUAGUUUGAUAGUGAUAGAGAUUCUGGAUUGUAAUGUGACUGUACGUGUACGUGUGGAGAGCUCUGCUGUAUUGGCCAACACGCUUUUUAGGAUAAUAAGUUAUAUAAAUACUUAGGCUUUAUGUUUUUGGGUACCGAAGUCGCUUAAUCGCGGACGGAUGUGCAAUUUACUUGAGUUCUCUUUACAAGAAAUGUUUUAUUUUAGUUGUCGUUAGUAUAAUAAUUAUUGUUUGAUUACUCUGUUUGAGAUGAAAUAUUCGUGUUAAAAGUAAACGAGAGAGUACUAUUCACAAUAUUCGAUGUCUUAUACAGGUGAUUGAGAUGCCUCACAAACGGAUUUAAUUGUUGUUGUUAACUACCUAUCGGGAGAUUUUAUAGAGAUCCUAUUUUUACUUGAAGAUUAAUAUUACCUACAUAUAUAAAUUUAUAUUUAAACUACGUGCUAUAACACAAAAAAUACUAAACAUCUAUCAAUAGGGUCUAUAAGAUAAUGUAAAAUGAUACUGAAAACAUGUCUUUUGAUUUGAUUUUUUUGAUUAGUUUGUAUGUAAUCGUGACUUGUCUAACGUGCUCAGGCCUAACGUUAAGGUUUUAUAUUCUUUAACUUUAACUAAAUUGCUUUAUCUUUACAAAAUGUACAGUCUUGGCCAAAAAUGUCAGACACACUUUAUUCUUUCAUAACUUGAAUCGUAAUACUACUUCUUCAUAACGAAAAUGUACAACAUAACCACGUUUAUAAUAUAUUCAACGUCUAGAUAAAAAUAAAUCCAUAAGAAAUGGAGGUCCCUAUAUAAUACUGCGACAAAAAUGAAGGUACAACUUUAAAGCAAAUAUGUUAUUUUAUUUGACGUCAAUUAGUUAAGAGUUUUCUAUCAUAUUUGCUAGCAGUAUUGUCUAGUUUUGUACAUAUUUUGAAGUCUUGUAAAGUAAAAAUUCUAAUUAUAUUUUUACACCUUGAAAUAUUUUCAUAAUUACAUUAUUAAAAAUUGUUUUUAAUUGUAUCAGAUUUCAGAUGAUUUAUUGAUACAUCUCAUUUACAUGUCAAAUAAAAAUAUCGUAGAUGAAAUAAUAUUUUUGGCCAUGGCUGUUGGAAUAUGGUAAGUAUAAUAUCUCAUGGCAAUCAAAUAUAUAAAUAGUCAAAUCUGAUUGACACAAAUAGUAUUAAGCGAUGUAAUAAAUAAGUAAGUAAGGAAAUGACAGAGUUAAUUUUAUCCUCGUUAUAGUGAAUUGAUUAAGUAUUUGUAAUUAACGUUACGUUAGUACCUACGCAGAUUGGACUUUAUUUUAUAUAGAUAUGUUUAAAAAGACGUUAUAGCAAACCUAUUAAAGGCCUGUAGUUGUGAUAUAGUUUAAUACACACCUACAUGAAUACAUGGUUCAUUUUUCCUCGCUCCUGAUAUGAGAAAAGGAUUUUUUUCAGAUUGGUGUACAUUGAUCAAAGACUAGUAUUAUCUCAUUAUUUUCUUCCUACUUUUCUGUUCCACAACCACCCACAACUCGAAGAGCAAGGUGCCAUUUUCUAACAUACUUCAAAAUUAAAAAAAAGUUGUCAGUUCUCAAUUUGAUUGUAUGUUAUUUUUUAUAAGCCUUAUAUCUUAGCUUGUCAGCCUAAAGUACAUAGAUAUAAAAAUCCUUAACACAGACUAGUAGAAAACUGUUUCAUAAUGCUGUGUUUAACCCGAUAAAUAAUUUUAAUUAUCAUUUAAACUAGUGGUUCUGCGUACUGUACACCUCACGCACCCCCAACGCCUCGCCUUUUGAAAAAAUCUAAAAACGGAAUCGACGAAAAAACUAUACCUACCUCUAUAAUUAUCCAAUCUGCUUAGCAAAUUUCACGAGAAUUGGGUAAAACAUGCGACCUGUAGACUAGACCGGAUGUUCUAGUCUACAGAUCGCAUUUUUCAAUUUUUUUUCGCCCAAACUGAAACGGGAGGCAUUUUCGUUCGCUUCGUCUUAUAAUUGUAGCGUUGAAGGGGAAAUAUUUCCACCAAGUAAGUUUUUUUUUACCGCGUAUGUACGUGUAUUGAUUCUGUUUAUUUUUUGUACAAUACAACAGUCAAUUUACCAAUUUACGUAUUUAUACUUGAAGAGCAAUAAAGAAAGAAAUACGUGGCUGCAACAUUACUUAUAUUUCGGGCAUAAGGCAUAACACAUGUUACGCUUAAGAUUGUUUUCCAAUCGUUCGCUCGUUCUGGAUUCUACGGUAUAAGUGUUUGAUUUUCCAUUAAAGUUAUUUCAACAAAAAAUAUACAACAAGUAUGAAACUAAAGUCGUAACAUAUAAAAUUUUAACAUGGAUGUUUUAUGCUCUGUUUGGUGACAUUUCAGAAAUAUGAGUAAUAAAUGUUGCAUUGAUGUAAAUGUUUGUAAAUAUAUAUCUAUAUAUUUUAAAAAUAAGGACAUCUUUUACUAUUUUUGUAAAUAAUAAUUUUGUAUAUAUUUUUAUAUUCUGAAAUACACAAGUGUAGUGGCGUUAUGUAUUUUGAAGGAACAAUAAUAGAAUUGCGACACUUAGGCACUCUAAGACAAAUUAAGUUAGGCCACCCUUAAGUGGAAGUUUAAUCCAUACAUAAUUGCACCUUUCUUUAUUACCUACAUUAUUAUAGUAUAAUUUCAGGUAUUUAAGUAUUAAUAAAUAUAUUAGUGAAUAAAAGACCUCAGAAAUUAAUAAAAAUUGUCAGUUGACAUAUUUAUUGAUAUUACUUGUUCUCUUUUUCUCUAUUAAUACGUAUAACGCUUUUAAAAUUUACUGCAAAAAUUCUGUCAUUUUGGGAUUAUUACCACCGCCGUCAUAUAAAAGUACAAACUCUGUAUAAACUGGGUCAUUACACAGAUAUAGAAUCUUAAGUUGUAAUUUUUUUAUGUACCUGAGUGGUAGAGACUGUUGGUGAACCGACUGACCACAAUUACACAUUCUUAACUUUCGGGAACAGCAGUUAGUGAUCUGGCGCAAUAUGUAAUUUAAAUAAGGCUCUGGGUUUGGGGCAGGCGGAGAUAACUUUUGCUAGUACUCCGUUUUUCACCUUUUCCAUUAAGUUAAUGUUGAACAAUGUAUAUUCAAGAUUGCCUGAUCGUGCUUUCGCGUAUGUAUACUUACAUAUGCCUUUCAUGAAGGAAUGAAUUGAGAAAAAAAUAUGUUAACAAAAAUAUAUGUUUUAUACACUGAUAGUGAUAAUAAAGUAAGUUAAAAUAAUAAAAAUUGAAUACUACAUUUU